UGCACUGAAUAUUUCUGCACACCAUAGAAGACGUUUAGAUAGUACAGUAUAUUGUUGUCGCUACCAGAUUGGGCGUGUCUAUGUAAACAGAACAGAGGACUCAGAAAGUCAGCUCGCUCAAAGUAUUUGAUCGAUCAUGGCUCCCGGAGGUGGAGCUUGUAGAGAAGUGGUGGAAACACAGCCGAAGUCUGCGAAUUUUGAUAUGGCAACGAAACGGCGACCGGAGAAAAGCAGGGCUCUGGUGAAGUAUGCCGGCGGGAGAGGCGACAAGAUGGAUGGGCCUUUGAAUUAUGACGUGCACCAGCUGCUGGAGUGCCCCGUCUGCAGAAAUUCGAUGCUUCCACCGAUUUUUCAGUGUCCAAAGGGGCACACCCUAUGCGCAAGCUGCAAUGGAGCGCACAAGAUUUGCCCGACUUGCCAAUCUGAGAUGGGAGACAUCAGGUGCUUAGUCCUGGAAAAAGUGGCCGACUCUUUGGAUCUUCCCUGCAGAUUCCAAAGCGCCGGCUGUGAUCAUAUAUUUCCGUAUUACAGGAAGCUGAAUCACGAAAAACGUUGUAGAUUCCGCCCCUACAAUUGCCCCUACGCAGGAUCAGAGUGUUGCGUCACCGGCGACAUCCCAGCCCUGGUAAAGCAUCUCAGGGAGGAUCACAAGGUCGACAUGCAUAACGGCUGCACCUUUAACCAUCGCUAUGUCAAGUCAGAUCCUCAACAAGUUGAAAACGCAACAUGGAUGCUCACUGUGUUUGACUGUCAUGGAAAGCAGUUCUGCUUGCAUUUUGAGGCAUUCCCUCUGGGAACGACGCCGGUGUACAUGGCCUUUCUGCGGUUCAUGGGCGAAGAUGGCGAGGCUAAAUUGUUCAGCUAUAGUUUGGAAGUAGGCGGGCAUGGGCGCAAACUGACAUGGCAAGGAGUGCCAAGGAGUAUCCGUGAAAGCCAUAGACAGGUUCGGGAUAGUCAAGAUGGGCUCAUAAUUCCAAGAACCAUAGCGCUUUACUUCUCCGCCGGCGAUGCCCAAGAGCUUAAGCUAAAGGUAACAGGUCGAAUAUGGAAGGAGCAGUAAUAUAAUAAGCUUCUAUAAGCUCAUCUCAUCUGCUUAUUAUUUGUACAGUUGUUAAAAUAUAAUGGACUAAAAUUUGUAAGGAUAAAAUUUCAUGCCAAUCAGAUAUACAAGCACCAUAAAAAUGCAGAAUAUAUAUUUGUUCCU